UUCAACAGCAAGCACGUCUUCAGGUAAUGGGACAUAAAUUGAACUCUUUUCAUGGAAAGGAAUACACUAAACAACAUACCUCACCAUAGAGGAUAAGUUGUGUUAAACCCACAGGCAACCAACUCUGCAAUAGUGGGAGUGUUGUGUUACCAUGGCAACAGAUGCCAUCUUUCUUCUCCUCAUCCUCCUCCCAGCUUUUACUUCUGCAGAUCAAAAUGAUCUCGGAACUCCCCAGAAGAGUAUGACUCAGUCUGAGGCUCGAGAGGCUUGCAGAGCAAACCACACUGACCUGGUCACUGAUGAAGACAACGCUGCACUGACUAAUCUGACUAACAUGACUGGUAUCAGCGGAGCAUGGAUUGGUCUCUAUCGCAGUUAUAAAUGGUCUAAUGGUGAUAAUGUUACAUUCAGUAAUCUGACAGGGGACUGUAGGUCAGAGUGCUGCUGUGCUGCUAUGAAGGCUGAUGGUUCAUGGGAAAGACUUCAGUGCACAGAGAAAAGAAAUUUCAUGUGUUACAAACAAGAUACUGACCUCACUCUCAAUUAUUAUUUAAUCUCUGAGAAUAUGAGCUGGUAUGAAGCUCAGAGUUACUGCAGGAAGAACUACACUGAUCUGGUCGGCAUCAGAGAUCAGAACCAGAACGAAGCAGUGAAGACAGAAGGGCUGAAGAACAGCACAUCUUUCUGGAUCGGCCUGCUGCAUGAUGACUGGGAGUGGACUGAUGGAGGACACUCUGCCUACAGAAAUUGGGCAACUGAUCAGCCUCGGUCAUCAUCAGACUGUGCAACACUGAGAAAAGGGAAAUGGGAAGGAGUGCCAUGCAGUAAUACUCAGCCUGCUCUGUGCUACAGCAUUGUUUGUCCUGCAGAUCAAAGUUGUCUCAGAACUUUCCACAUCAUUGAGAAGAAAAUGAAUCGGUCUGAGGCUCGAGCAGCUUGCCGAGCAAACUACACUGACCUGGUCACUGUGUACAAUGAUGACAACAACACUGCACUGACUAAUCUGGCUGGUAAUGGAACAGCCUGGAUUGGUCUGUGUUGCAGUCAGUCCGUCAGGGAUAAAUGGUCUAAUGGUGAUAAUGUUACAUUCAGUAAUCUGACAGGGGUCUGUGGGUCAGAGUCCUGCUGUGCUGCUAUGAAGGCUGAUGGUUCAUGGGAAAGUCUAAACUGCACAGAGAAAAGAAAUGUCAUGUGUUAUAAACAAGACCAAAUUUAUCUCAAAACUUUCCAUGUAAUUCAGAAGAGUAUGAAUCAGUCUGAAGCUCAAGCAGCUUGCAGAACAAACUACACUGACCUUGUUACUGUGUACAGUGAUGAAGACAACGCUGCACUGACUAAUCUGAUUAACAUGACUGGUAUCACUAAAGCCUGGAUUGGUCUGUAUCGCACUUAUAAAUGGUCUAAUGGUGAUAAUGUUACGUUCAGUAACCUGACAGGGGUCUGUGGGUCAGAGUGCUGCUGUGCUGCUAUGAAAGCUGAUGGUUCAUGGGAAAGACUUAACUGCACAGAGCAAAGAAAUUUCAUGUGCUAUAAACAAGACACUGACGUAACUGUCAGUUAUUACUUAAUCUUUGAGAAUAUGAGCUGGUCUGAAGCUCAGAGUUACUGCAGGAAGAACUACACUGAUCUGGUCAGCAUCAGAGAUCAGAACCAGAAUGAAGCAGUGAAGAUAGAAGGGCUGAACAGCAGCACGUCCUUCUGGAUCGGCCUGCUGCGUGAUGACUGGCAGUGGACUGAUGAAGGACGCUCUGCCUACAGAAACUGGGCGACUGGUCCAUCUCGAUCAACAUCUGACUGUGUAACACUGAAAAAACUGAAAUGGGAAACUGUGCCGUACACGGAUAAUCAGUCUGCUCUGAGCAACAGCACAUCCAGUAUUGACAGUAUGAGCAAUGAGAAUGCUUUGCCCUUCUGUAAUAAAGAUUUUUCUCCUGCAGGCCAAAGUCGUCUCAGAACUUUCCAUGCCAUUGGAAAUAAACAGAAUUACAGUGAGGCUCGAGUAGCUUGUAGAACAAACUACACUGACCUGGUCACUGUGUACCAUGAUGAAGACAACACUCUACUCAAAAAUAUUGGUUCUGCCUGGAUUGGCCUCUAUCGCAAUGAUAAAUGGUCUAAUGGAGAUGAUGUUACAUUCAGUAAGCUGACAGGGGACUGUGGGUCAGGUCCCUGCUGUGCUGCUAUGAAGGCUGAUGAUGCGUGGGAAAGUGUUAACUGCACAAUAAAAAGAAAUUUCAUGUGCUAUAAACAAGAUGUUACUGAUCUCACCCUUAAUUAUCAUGUGAUUCUUAAGCCUAUGUCGUGGUAUGAAGCUCAGAGUUACUGCAGGAAGAACUACACUGAUCUGGUCAGCAUCAGAAAUCAGAACCAGAAUGAAGCAGUGAAGAUAAAAGGGCUGAACAGCAGCACACCCUUCUGGAUUGGUCUGCUGCAUGAUGACUGGGAGUGGACUGAUGGAGGACACUCUGCAUACAGAAACUGGGCAACUAGUCAACCUGAACCACUCCCAUCACAAUGUGUAAAACUGUUAUCAGGAAAAUGGUAUUCAGAGCCAUGCAGUAAUAUGCAGUGUGCGCUGUGCUACCGCACAUUCAUCCAUGUUAGUAAUGACAGUAUGAGCUGGGAGGACGCUCUGGAUUACUGUAAAAAAGAUAACAGAGCUGGUUUUCUGCGCAUUCAGUCUGAGUCUGACCAGAAAGAGGUGGAGUUUGAGCUCAGGAGGAGGCGUGUCUCUGGAACUUUGUGGGUGGGGCUUGCACAGAGUCAGCUAUUUGGCUUCUGGAUUUGGACUGAUGGGAUUGGUGUGGGUCCCUGGACCAACUGGUUGGGAGGGAGACAGCCAGAGCCUCCACUGUCUCACCACUGUGGUGCCAUAGAUAUAGAGGAAGACUUCAAAUGGACAGAUAACGACUGUAGAUCUAAAUUCAGAGUUUUAUGUGAAGUGAAAUCAUUUAACUGAUCCACUUCUUGUAUUCAGUGUGUUAAACAUACAUACCUGAGGGGGGUUACCUUAAAAUUUUGUCCUGAGACAGAUUACUGAUUACCUGUUCAAAACGUAAUCUGUAAUCCACAAGAUCACUAUAUUAAAGUAAAAGAGUCUUAUUGCCUUACACUUACUUUUGGAUUAGUCACACAAUUACAAAAAUACAAGAAACA